GAAAUGUUUAAUCUAGGAGUAUUUUUCUGGCUCUUUUGUUAAUAGAAUUGGAGUGUUACGCGAGAAAAGCAAAAAAUGUUUUGACUAAGCGUAAUAAGCCACAGUGAUUUAAAGGUGAUAGAAGGAUGUAAAGAAGUACUUGAGGGUGUUUAAACGAUAUUUGAGGAUAAGAAUUAUUCAUUCUUCAAUGCAUUCAGUAAGGACUGAAUCUGGAUAGUUUAGCAGCUUGUGAGCCGGGGUAUGAAAUACGCGACAUUUCACAAAUGUCCUAGGUGUUGUGCUAAUUUUAAUAUUACGUGACAGUGUGUUUAACUGUUUCAUCAAUAUGUAUCCUUCAUAGCUACAUUUUUGAUUUUGAAAAUAUAUUUCAACUUUAUUGGAUGUUUAGGGAUCUACAUGCACAUCAUAAGUAGGUCAUGAAAUUAUAUUUACGGCGAUCUUUUAAUUACAGUAGUCGUCUUUCUUAUUUAACAGAACUGUGACGAGAAUCGACUCUGACUUGGAGAAGUCGCCUAACUGGUCUCGAAGUCGUGAUCGAUGUAGCAUAAUUCUUAGAAUAAAACGCUCAUUUCUUGUCAUUCUUACAGUGUGAUUGUGGAAUAGCUAUUUGGAUUGUACAGUUGGUCUAGCAGAUAGACGUUUUUAGAUAGGAAACUUUAUGCGAGUCGUAAGAAUCAUGCUUGAAGUACCCUUUGGGAAAAAUCCUUUGCAUACUUACUUACAAUAGGUAUAUGCGUUUUGUUACAAUUUCAGCAGAAAUGUAACGACUACUUUGUAUAUAUACGUAUAUAUACAUGUAUAUAUAUGUGUGUGUGUUUAAUUGCAAAUUCGAUACAGUUUAUUUUGACUUGAUAUACAUGUAAUAUACGUGACUACGUCGAACUUUCUGUUGAAUAAGAAAUACCAGUAAUACGAGUCUGAAGUCACUGAAAGCCUUUGCUGGACAGAUUAAUUAAUUCAGAAGUUCAGCGGGUAGAAUAUGGUUAAAAUUUGACUGGACGAUUUAACAGCAAAUGUUCUCGUGUGGUGCCGCUAUUCAGUACACAGCAAGUGAAAUAAGUUUCAUAUGUCUAAUAUUUAAACUUUCAGACGAAUUGUAAGAUUUACAUAACAGUCUAUCAUUUGACAUGUUGACUUGAUGUUAAUACGCUGAGUUUGCACGCGGGAAAAUGGGUCAGAGGAAAGUGGUUGAAGAAUUUUCGGUGACAUUGCAGAGUCGACCAAGUGUUCAUGGUCCCAUUUAUAUGACGGCGGACACUGUUAAGGGUCAUGUAAGACUAGAGAUUCUUCAACAUUUGUCUUUGACAUAUGACGCAGUUAUUUGUUCCGAUUCUGCGCAAGGUUUACAAAACUCCUUAGAUAGCUUAGAAACAUAUUGUACAAAAUGGAACCUAACUGUAAAUGUAGCAAUAUCUAUCACAAUAAAAGGUCAAGGUUAUGUCCACUGGACGGAACAGAAAUUGCGAGGCCCAGGAGAACCAAGAUUUAAGGAUACACACCACCAUUCCGCGUCAGAGGAUUACUUUGAGCAUACGUUAGUGUUAUUUGGUCAGGGUACGGGAGAACGUCCUGAUAAGUGCUAUCUACCAGCUGGACGUUAUACAUAUCCGUUUCAGUGCCAACUUCCAGCUAAAUUACCAUGCUCAUUUGAAGGAGAGCUGGGCUACGUGAGGUACUGGGUGAAAGCCACCAUAGAAAAAGGGAGAGAACUAAUACAUAAGACCAAAUUACCAUUCACAGUUAUAUGUCCAUUGGAAUUAAAUUCUGUUCCAGAUUCAGAUACUCCUGUACAAGAAUCUACGGAGAAAAAUAUGUGCUGCUGGUGUUGUUUGUCUGGACCAAUCAGCGCGUCGCUUUGUCUUCCAAAACGAGGCUUUGUUCCAGGAGAGCCAAUCAGAUUUGCAGUUGAAGUUUCAAAUUUGUCUUCGAGGCAAAUGGGAUGCUGUUCCGUUGAACUGAAAAUGACAGCGUUAUACAAGACAACAACGAUGUGUAGAAGUACAACUAAACAGAUAUGCAAGGUUAAACGUGACCGGAAGUUCGGACGAGGAGAAUCGAUAACGUGGUUUUGUGAUCAGCUCGUCAUUCCACCUGUGCCACCGAGCUGUCUUAUUGGCUGCAGUAUAAUCAGUAUUAAAUACACACUAGAGUUGCGGGUAGAUCCUGUGGGACCAGCCUUUGAUUUAACACUUCCAAUUGAAAUAAUUGUAGGAACUUUACCACAUCGAGCUAGAACCGAUCUUCAUCAUUACGCCAAUAUCUCAUAUCAGCGAGGUAGUAAAAAUAGUCAUUCUCGCCAAGACGUGAGUUCUAGAAACAGUCAACAUAGUAACCCUCCUCAAAAUACACGUGCAAGAAACAAUAAACAAAACUCUUCCACUCAUGAUCUUACUUCGAAUAGCAGUCAACACAGUCGUGAAACAGACACACCUGUUAUUCAGAGACAACCAAUCGGAGUGCCUGUAUUGCCAAUGCAAGGAGGAAAAUUAAUGGUAAACCCCGCCCAGUCAUUACAUCAGUCCAAUCAAACCAUGCAGCAGUCUCAAGGCGCCUCCCAGUCGCCACGUGACCCAGUUCGGCCUUCAUCUCGUGCCUCAUCCGCCCCGUCCACAAAUUCAGCAUCUUCAGCACAUUCGAUUCGAAUUUCAGCGAUAUUUGCCGAGUCAGCAUUCGGAAGACAAGGCCUGCGUUUUGAAGAUGGCAGCGAAUCCGGAAAUGGGCGUGUGAAAUUUGCUCCAUUAUAUCCGUACUACUUAUGGAGAUAACAGAAGCUGGUGUUUUAUGGACGUUAAUACACUCAAUAGGCAUUCAAAGACUUUGUGAUAUUGUGUAAAAAUGUAAAUACACACAUUAUUGUAAAUACAUAUGUAUAUGUUA